AUGGCGGCAACAGCAGACCUCCUCUGCGGCAGCUGGGAGCUUGUCGACUAUCGCACCGUCAUUGAGGGAGGAGACGGCAAGGAAGAAGAGAGCGUUAUCUUCCCUCUCGGCCGCGACGCACAGGGAAUGAUCACCUACACAGCCGAUGGGAUCAUCUCUGCGCAUCUUAUGAGGCCGGGGGCUCCGCCACAUCUCGACACGGGCGCCCUCCACGGGGGAACGGAUGAAGAACGUGCACGCUCCCUGCAACACUCGCUUGCCUAUGCCGGUUUCUACAGCGUCAGCCCCCGGGAGGAAGAUCCGGGCCACUUGAUAGUGCGUCACCGGGUGGUCAUCAGCUCGUUCCCGAACUGGCUGGGAACUGUACAGGCUCGUCUGGCUACGAUCCGGCCUGCUACGAGAACCCACCUGGUGCUUGAGACGGAGAAGCCAGUGCACGUUGAGGGGACAUGGAGGCGCCUGAUCCUUACCUGGAGGAGAAUUCCGGAACCAGAAAUGAGACAAAAUGGUGUAUCUAGAGCGAGUCGCUUGUAA